GAAAUAUAGGAGAGGGGCUUGCUCCAAGCUUUGGAGAGCAUCCAUUUAUCAGAGCUUCAGCAAUGGAGGCUUUGAGCAACUCCAAGCAGAAGAAGGAUAAGAGAAAGAGAAGAAGUUGCAGAGGAGAGAGAAACCCAUCUCACCCUCAACGUCAACAGAAACGAAGAAAAUGCCUACUAGACCAAUCGACCCAAGAACCCAAAUCAAACAACGCCCACACCCCACCUGCUCCCAAGUCCAGCACCUUUCUGGACAAGAUGCGAGCAAGGUUGUCUGGAGGCCAUUUCCGGAUGAUAAAUGAAAAGCUGUACUCUUGCAGUGGUAGUGAUGCUCUUAGCUUCUUUAAGAAGGAUCCAGCUCUAUUUAACACGUAUCAUGCAGGAUACCAAGCGCAAAUGUCCCACUGGCCAGAACAACCAGUGGAUGUUAUAAUCAAGUGGCUUAAGGGUCGUAAACAUUCUUUAAUAGUUGCUGAUUUUGGUUGUGGGGAUGCUCUCCUUGCAAGAAGUGUGAAAAAUAAAGUCUUCUCAAUCGAUCUUGUUGCAUGUGACCCAUCCGUAAUUGCUUGUGACAUGUCAAAUACACCCUUGAGCUCUUUUUCGGUUGAUGUGGCUGUCUUCUGCCUCUCUCUGAUGGGCACAAAUUUCUCUGAUUACCUCAAGGAAGCACACAGGGUUCUCAGACCAGGGUAUGUAACAUUCCCUAAAGCAAAAGAGAAAUCAUCCAUAAAACACAGUUCCAUGUUCAGUCAGCUGGAAUUCUAUGCCAAUCCUUAUGAAUUGAUGGUUUGGAACAGUGGCUGGCUAUUGAUUGCGGAAGUUAGGAGCAGGUUUGAUCCAAAUAAUGGAGGUGCAGACCCUGAUAUGUUUUCCAAAGCCGUACAAAAGCUUGGGUUUAUCACAUCCUCAAAGGAUUUCUCAAACAAAAUGUUUGUUCUUUUCUUCUUUCAGAAAAAGGAAAAACCACGUGCAGUAACUACAGAUAUCAAAUGGCCAAAGUUGAAGCCUUGUAUGUAUAAGCGUCGUUGAGAAGAAUACCAAAGCAUUGAUGAUGGGAGUGAAAAUUUCUUGAAGCAAUUAUUUGAGGCCCUUCUUCAAGAACCAAAGAUGGAAGCCAUUAAUUUUGAAGCAGUGGUUUCAUCAAAAGUGUACUAGCUUAACACAGAAUUAUAGUGGAAAGGAUUUCCUAAAAUGCAAUAACCACAGGCAAUUUUAUAUGAUAUGAAAUGUCUCUUGAGAUGAA